ACUGGGAUGGUCCCUCGCCGCCACGGAGCAGUCCCCGCCACUGACAUCGACGUGUUUUUCUCCCAACAUUUCCAUGGUAACAGCCCAGUCGAAGGUCUGAGGAGCCGAACGCGGAGUGAAAAUGGAACUGGAGGAAAAAAAUCCCGACCCCAAAUACGGGGAGUCCCGGAAGUACGACCCUAACUUCAAAGGACCAAUACACAACAGGGGGUGCACGGAUAUUCUCUGUUGCAUUCUCUUCAUCCUGGCUGUGUUGGGCUACUUUGCUGUGGGAAUCAUAGCCUGGUCCCAAGGCGACCCUCGGAAGGUGAUCUACCCCACGGACAGUCGAGGGCAGUUCUGUGGGCAAGCAGGAACUCCACUGGAGAAGAAGCCUUUGCUCUUUUACUUCAACAUCGUGAGGUGCGCCAGCCCGCUGGUUCUGCUUGAGUUGCAGUGCCCCACGACGCAGUUAUGUGUAGAAACCUGCCCAGACAGACAUCUCACUCUGGUGAAAGCCAAGCUGGGCACCAAAGAAGACCGAGAGUACUAUCAACAGUACUGCAAAGCUGGAGUAGACUUUGCCAAAUUGAGCCCCCCGGAGCUGUUGAGGGAUGGUCUGUGUCCCGCCAUGCUCAUGCCCAGCAAAGCUUUCACGCGCCGAUGCCUUCCUGCUCUGGGAACAUUGAAAGGCGGGGUGGUGGUGGUGGGCAACGAGACCUCUUUCGAAGAUGGACAGGGCGUCACUGUAAACGCAACCGAACUGCUGGAUGCAUCAAAGAAGUCCAACGUGGUUGUCGAAGCUCGUCAGGUGGCCAUGAGGAUCUUUGAGGACUACACACAGUCGUGGCAUUGGAUUCUGCUCGGCCUGGUGAUCGCCAUGGUGGUCAGCUUGAUUUUCAUCGUCCUGCUCCGCUUCUUGGCAGGAGUCAUGGUCUGGGUCAUGAUCGUGCUGGUUAUUCUGGUCGUUGGAUAUGGCAUUUUCCACUGUUACAUGGAGUUUGCGAGCCUAAAGGGGGAACCAGGAGCUGACGUCACCAUUCGAGAUCUGGGCCUCCAGACAGACUUCUCCAUCUAUCUACAGAUCAGACAAACCUGGCUUGCUUUCAUGAUCAUUCUUGCCAUUGUGGAAGUGAUUAUCAUCCUGCUGCUCAUCUUCCUCAGGAAGAGAAUCAUGAUCGCCAUCGCACUGAUCAAAGAAUCGAGCAGGGCCGUCGGACAUGUGAUGUCGUCCUUGUUCUACCCACUUCUGACCUUUGCCCUGCUCUCGCUGGUCAUUGCUUACUGGGCCGUCACUGCAGUUUUCUUGUCCACGUCCAACGAGCAGGUGUAUAAAGUGUUCAACAACUCCGACUGCGAGUACGCCAGAGAGACCUGCGACCCCAAGACAUUCAACACGUCGAACAUCUCGGCUCAGUGCCCUGAUGCCGACUGCCUCUUUGCCUUCUACGGUGGCGAGACUCUCUACCACAAAUACCUCAUUUUGUUCCAGUUUUACAACCUCUUCCUCUUCUUCUGGUGUGCUAACUUCGUGACUGCGCUUGGUCAAGUUACUCUGGCUGGUGCCUUUGCAUCAUAUUACUGGGCCUUCAAGAAACCAGAUGAUAUUCCUGCGUACCCCAUCUUCUCCUCUCUGGGACGGGCGCUCAGGUACCACACUGGAUCUCUGGCGUUCGGCUCUCUGAUUCUGUCCAUAGUGCAGGUCAUCCGUGUCAUCUUGGAAUAUUUGGAUCAAAAGUUAAAAGGUGCACAAAACAAGUUUGCAAAAUUCCUUCUAAGCUGCAUGAAGUGCUGCUUCUGGUGUCUGGAGAAAUGCAUCAAGUUCCUCAACAGAAACGCCUACAUCAUGAUUGCCAUCUAUGGGAAGAGCUUCUGCACAUCAGCCCGAGACGCCUUCUUCCUGCUCAUGAGAAACAUCAUCAGGGUGACUGUUUUGGACAAGGUGACUGAUUUCCUGCUCUUCCUGGGAAAGCUCCUCAUUGUUGGCAUUGUUGGGAUUUUCUCGUUCUUCUUCUUCUCUGGGAGAAUCAAAGCCGUGGAAGACGCCGCUCCCUCUCUCAACUACUACUGGGUGCCAAUUCUGACGGUGGUUUUUGGAUCUUAUCUGAUCGCUCACGGCUUCUUCAGCGUCUAUGCCAUGUGUGUGGACACUCUCUUCCUCUGCUUCUGCGAGGAUUUGGAAAGAAACGACGGCUCGUCUGAGAGGCCGUACUACAUGUCCCCCGAGCUGCACGAGAUCCUCUCCAAAGCCGCGCGGCUGGAGGAAGAGCAAGACGGCGAGGUGCAGGCAGACGGCGUGAAGCAGGUAGACGACGUGAAGCUGGAGGAGGAAACGCCUCUUCAGACGCAGCAGGACGGAGAGGUUGAGCUGAAAAAGCAGGAUGUACUAAAACAAGGCACGGAGGAGGAGCAGCCCCUGCAGACCAAAGUCGAUGACGAAGCAGCGAAGGAAGAGGAGACAAACGCUGCAGUUGCAGAGGAGGUCGUAAAGAAAGAGGAAGCAAAGGUAGGAGAAGUUAUCGAGAAAGUGGAGUCGCCCAAGGAGGAGAAGAUGGAGCCCAGUGUAGAGGCCGAGAAAAAAGAGACUGCUGAGAAGACAGAAGAAGCCAAGGUGGACGCCCCUCCUUCCUCAGAGUAGAAAAUCGUUAAACUCGCAUAAAGAAUGAAAUAACUGUUUUCAACGUCGUGGUUUGGGCCUUCUUAGUGUGUGACGUGACAAAAUUGACAUUGCCUUGAGCGGGUGUAGCGGGUCACAGGUGUCAUGGUGUGUCCAUCCGUUUGGGGGGGUCGCAGUUCAGUGCAAUAGAAAACAACUGACACAUAACUCAAUAUUAGUCAGUGAGCCAAUUUAGUUGUUUUCUUUCUCACUUUUUUUCGUACAGGUUUUAAACAAUUCACUACAUUUAGGGGCUGAAAAUGAAGUAAUUAUGCAUGUACGGAAAUGUAUGCAAACCUACUGCAAACACAAUUUUUCAAGAGUGCAUGGAAAGCUUUGCGUGCUUUGAUACUUUGACACAUUUCUGCCUCAAUUUUGCGUGUUGUUGGCUGAGGAAGUGCCGAUUAAUUUAAGUCACGUGUCACAAGACACCACAAUGGAAGGCGAGAAUUUGUGGCAAAAGUACGAGUACUUUUGCCACAAAUUAGGAGCCGAUAGUUUACAUGUCAGAGCUUCUCAAGGAAGUGGAUCUGGAGUCGAUCAGACAAAAUAUUUUUCCGAUCAAGUUUUUUCACAGAUGCUGUUGCCAGUCCUAAAUCAGUUGUGGCACUCGGAAUCUGAUUUUGAAUAUAAUGUCUUCUAAUAUUUGACGGACAGCAAGCUCUAUAAAGUUCCAGGACGUAGGUUGCAGGUGAUCUUGACCUUGAAGCUUUCUGUAGAUGUAUGAAAGCUUUUAUAUCAGAAAUUGUGCCACAAGUGAAAAAUGUCAUUGAAUGCAAUGCAUCAACUGAAACAGUAUAGUGCUUCAUGAAUAUAAACAAACUGAGCUGUGACCUCCAAAACGGGGCGGUUGGGGGUCGCUCCUAUCCCCUUGUAACGUUGGUGAUGUGAUGUCCCGCCGAAAGUAGCCGCAGCUUCAAAAGCCCAGCGCAUCUCGGUAGCGGUGAAGAAAAUAAAACGCUCUCUUGUGUUGGUUCUUUACGUUGUGAAGAUCUGUCUGUGAGUGCUGACUCUGUGCCUGAUACUACUGUCACUGAUGUUUGCUGUCUCCCGUCAAUGCACUACACAACCUGUUUACAGUCAGAGCAACCCGUUCGACGGCGAAGUCACAGCCGCCGUUUACAAUAAUACCAGCUGACGCCAAAAUGCUCCACACGUUUAUAAACUGGAUGAAAGUGUGUCAUUCUUUUCUACAUACGCACAAAUCUCUGUGUUGUGUGUAAUCCUUUUGGCUUGUAAAGAAAUCCUCGCCAUUUCGGCAUCCCACGCAUUGUAAUGCCACCUACUUGCCUUGGUAUAUCAGACUGGCGUGAGUUCCGUGAUUGUAUCUCCUUGACGCAGCCGUCGUGACCUCAUGAACUCUGUGGACCCCCCCACUUGUGAGUCCUUCUGCCUUGCUCUGUCCUUCUAUUCCAAGUGCUGCAUGAUGUUUAUAUGACUGCUUGCAACUAACAUCUUACUCUGUGGAUGCUUUUUGUACAUUUCUCUCUGUUUUUCAUCUUGUGUACGUUCUACUAUUGAUAUCUACUGAUGACAUUCCAUAUUUAUUGGGUGUAAAUCUUGAUUAAAGUGAUUGUAUUUCAUGGCUGUGUGGUGGUUAGAAUCCAGCGAGCAGGUGAGUCGUGACUUUCAGACCUUGUAGUUCAGCGCUUAGAUGUGGCAUUAUUAAGAAAAUGAAGAGGCCCAGAAUUACAUCUCAGUGACCACCUCUUGCUCCACCUGAAGAACACAGAGCCCCUGGGGCCUCUUUUCUGUUGAGGUCACGGAGCCGCCCCAUUUGGCCUCUUAUGCUGUAGAGGAGCAGUAAUUCUACUUUGAGUCACAACUGGAGUGCAACUGCGUUCACAUCAACAAUAUAUACAGCAGCUGAUUUACAUGAAAAAUCAUCGUGGAGCCACGAUUACAUGCAACCAACUGCUGUGCUUUGAAAUGGGAGCAGUAGGUGGAGCCGUUUCAAGGGACAUUUGUGGCAUAAAAUGCUGAAAAUUCAUUGUCAACAUGAAGAAUUGACUGUUGACAACAUGAAUAGAUGGUAGCUCCUUUGAUGGACGCAAAGGCGGCAACGUCCUAAACAUUUCUGGUUUUUCAUAGACUUCCACCGUUGAUAUGUGGCUACAACUCUGCAUCAUCUGGUAUUUAACUUUUGUUCUAGUGCAACAAGUGUGAGAGCAAGAGAAGAAAAUGUGUAGUAAGAGCUCAGACAAGGCUUAUUUCCGCUAGUCUAUCUAUCUAUCUAUCUGUCCGUCAAAUCUUUCUACCAUGGGUGGUGGUGAAAAUGCGGCACUGAUCUGUCAGUCAAUGCGCCAACCUUUGCUGACUCAUGAACAAAACCCUCCUCCUCCUGGGGACGUAACAAGGCUGAUCAUCUCCUGAGAUCUCUAGCAGAUCCCACAGGACUAUAGUAAAGCCCAGACCUGGGCAAAGCGCGGCCCGGGGCCAUAUGCAGCCGGAUGCCUGCAUUUUCGUUGCCCUUUUGACAUCAAACUAAAACGAUAGCGUUGUAAUAUGUUUAAUAAUAUGUUGACAUUUUUUUUUUGUUCUUUCUUUUUUAGUCAC